GCCGACUUCGCCAAGUGGCGCUGCGUGCUGAAAAUCAGCGACAACACCCCCUCUGCGCUCGCCAUCAUGGAGAACGCUAACGUCCUGGCCCGCUACGCCAGCAUCUGCCAGCAGAACGGCAUUGUGCCCAUCGUGGAGCCGGAGAUCCUGCCCGAUGGUGACCAUGACCUCAAGCGGUGCCAGUAUGUGACGGAGAAGGGGCUGGCAGCUGUCUACAAAGCCCGUAGGAACCACCACGUCUACCUGGAGGGGACCCUGCUGAAGCCCAACAUGGUGACCCCCGGGCACUCCUGCCCCACCAAGUACAGCCCCGAGGAGAUCGCCAUGGCCACUGUCACCGCCCUGCGCCGCACCGUGCCCCCGGCUGUGCCAGGUGUCACCUUCCUGUCUGGGGGUCAGAGUGAGGAGGAGGCUUCCAUCAACCUCAACGCCAUCAACACGUGCCCGCUGGUGCGGCCGUGGGCCCUCACCUUCUCCUACGGGCGGGCGCUGCAGGCAUCGGCGCUCAGCGCCUGGCGCGGGCAGCAGGACAACGCCACCGCUGCCACCGAGGAGUUCGUCAAGCGCGCAGAGGUGAUGGGGGUGGCCCCCGCAGGAGAGGGGCGCUGA